ACUGCAAAAAUGCAAGAAAUACAUUUCGCAACUCAGUCUCAAAAAACACGUCUGUAUCUGCAUAGAAUAAUAAAACAAUGGCGAAAACCACACAAGGGGAGAUACAAUUUUAAUCUUAGUUACCUGAUUGGGCUAGAAAGUGUUUUAAGAUAUUGCACAAUUUUUUGUGUUUUAACUCCUUUUGCGGUUCUCUUUUAUUCGGUCGGAAGUACCGUCUCCAUUUCAGGGGAACUGACGUACAUGUUUCUUUUUUUACAAGGGCUGUGAGUUCUGGUGUCCUACCCUGAGCCUUAGCCUAGGCGUUUUGUUAUGACUUAUCGGUGAUCUGUGCGUGUACCUAUGUUUCACGUAAUUAGUGAAUUCUUCAUUUAUGUAUUUCAUUAUUUGAUUUCUGUGCGUUUUGAUUCACUUUUUGAAUAAGACUUUCAGUAGAAACCCAUUUGCAAAGUGGAUUCGCAAACGCAUAAGCAGUUCGCCAACUUUGUUGAAGUUCAACAUCUACCUAUUCUUCGGAGGGUCCUGUACAUUCACAGGUUGUGUUGAAAGAAUGGAUGUGAGGCUUCCUCCUCAUAAUGGCCGCCUUGUGUCAGUGAUCGAUAUGCACACUGGUGGAGAACCAUUGCGCAUCGUAUGGAGCGGAUACCCUGAGAUUAAGGGCGAGAAUCUCCUGGCCAAAAGGCGCUAUGCAAAGGAAGAGCUGGACCACUUAAGGAAGGUGCUUAUGUUCGAACCCAGGGGACACUUUGACAUGUACGGUGCCCUGAUAGUCGAGAGUGAGAUGAGCGAAGCCGACCUGGGCGUCCUCUUCAUGCACAAUGAGGGGUACAGCACCAUGUGCGGUCACGCCGUCAUCGCGCUCGGCCGAUUCGCCGUGGAUUACGGUUUGGUGAAAGCGCCGGUAUCACCAGAGACGCAGGUGAACAUUCACUGCCCGUGCGGCCUGGUCAAGGCGUUUGUCCAGUUUUCUGAUGGGAAGACAGGAGCUGUGAGGUUUCACAGCACACCGGCAUUUGCCUUCGUGACGGACAUUACGGUUUCUGUCCCUGGAUAUGGAGAUGUAAUCCUGGAUAUCAGUUAUGGUGGCGCAUUUUACGCAUUGGUAAGCGCUCAGAGAUUUGGGCUUGAUGUCUGUGAGUCCCGGACGAGGGAUCUUGUGGAGGUGGCCUGUGCUGUAACAAGUGCUGUAAAAUCUCAGGUGAAGCUUUACCAUCCCAGCAGUGAUGACCUGGCGUUCCUCUAUGGAACCAUACUGACCGACGGCAAAGAUCAGUUUUCCAACGAGCCCACAGCCAAUAUCUGUGUGUUUGCUGAUGCUCAGGUGGACCGGAGUCCCACGGGCUCAGGCGUGACGGCUCGCAUCGCCCUCCAGCACCACAAGGGGAUGAUUGGAAUCCAGCAGACUCGCACCUUCCAAAGUGGAGCCACCAGCUCUCUCUUCACUGGGAAGGCUGUGCAGCUGCUCUCAUUCCCUCCCUCAGGAAACCCAGUGCGGGGAGUUCCCUGCUGUCGUGGUGGAGGUUGCUGGGCAGGCGCAUUACACAGGGAUUGCGAGUUUUGUGCAGGAACCUGGUGACAGUCUUGCAAAUGGUUUCCUCCUGAAAUGAGGAAGAAGUUCCAAGUGAAUGUCAGAUUUUAGAUAUUAAUGGCUGAGAAAUGGAGGCUUUUUGUACUGGAUAUCAUAACAAGUGGACGGAACUGACCGGUUCUGAGGUCGUCUAAACUGCUGUAUGUCCGAGAGCGAGUAGCAACCCAAGAGAAAUUCCCUCUAUCUAUAACAUACUUGGAAAAUUUUCCUGACUUUGAUCCUGAUUUCCAUGGAACGCCAUAUUACCUAAAGUUUGUUUAAUAAGCUAUAAUUAAAUGAAUGAAUAUUCCAAUAA